UUUUUUUUUUGUCCUUUCUUGUAAUUAAAUGGGUGGGAAGAACAUGUCCAUCAACAUGAAUUUUUUCUUAUUCAUAAUUGAAAACCCUUUUUGUUUUUUGCUCCAUGGAUAGUUACCAUCAAAGAAUUUAGAGUAGCAUCUGAAAAUGCAACCAAUCAAUCACUUUUACUAACAUCUGUAUAUGCAAUUUCUACGAUUAGAAGCCAAUCUGUCUUCAUUAGGUGGUGUCUUUCCUUUUCUUUUCUUUCUUUUUCUACUUUUUUUUUCUCCUCUGCUUCUAAAGGUACAGAUUUGAGAUUCCACAUGAUUUAUAAUUCAGCGUUUAGAAACUUCUCAUCUGAAAAACUACGGUGACACCCAAAAGAUUCCCAUUAUCACUACAAGAAAUAAAAGAAACCGUAAAAACCAAAUGUGAAAGAGCUGAUAUAUAUUGAUGAUUCUGUUGACUGUCAAUGGUGCAUACACUUAGUUCAUCGUUCUUAUAUUCAUAUAUAACCAUCAUUGCAUCAACUUUGGACGCACAUACAUAAAAACCAGAAGGAGGGUGAUUUGCUGAGGAACAUCUUAGAUAUAAACAGAAAGUUAGACCUACAUAUUUGCCAACUCCAAAAAGCAUACAGAAGAACUUAGAAAAGACAAAGAUGAGAAUGUGCUUUAGUGGGAGUUUUAGAAUGAUGGAGACAGGGCCACCAUCAGAUGUGAAGAAAGCAUUCCUCAAGUAUACAGAAGGCAAUGCAUACAUGACAGCAGAGCAGCUUCAGCGGUUCUUGGUUGAAGUUCAGGGUGAUGUUGGUGCUUCAGUCGCCGAGGCAGAGCUCAUAGUAGAUCAGGUUUUGCAGAAGAGACAUCAUAUUACUAGGUGUAUGAGAAGCUGUCUCACUCUUGAUGACUUCCACCAUUUCCUUUUCUCAACAGAUCUCAACCCACCUAUUGCUAAUCAGGUUGAGCAAGAUAUGACAGCACCUUUGUCCCAUUAUUUCAUAUACACUGGCCACAAUUCAUAUUUGACAGGCAACCAACUAAUUAGUGAUUGCAGUGAUGUUCCUAUUGAAAAGGCACUAAAGAGAGGUGUGAGAGCAGUAGAACUUGAUGUGUGGCCGAAUUCGGCAAAAGAUGAUGUACUUGUUCUUCACGGAUGGACCUUUACAACUCCUGUGAAGCUAAUUAAGUGCUUGAAAUCCAUUAGGGAGCAUGCCUUCUCUGCAUCUCCAUACCCUGUGAUAAUAACUCUUGAAGACCACCUUACUGAGAAUCUUCAAGCUAAAGCUGCUCAGAUGAUUGCUGAGACCUUUGGAGAUAUGCUGUUUUAUCCUGAAACUGAAUGCUUGAAAGAAUUCCCUUCACCAGAGGAACUGAAAUAUAGGAUCAUAAUAUCUACAAAACUUCCAAAAGAGAAAGGGGGGCAUGAAGUUAAAAGUAUGAAGGAAAAGGGAGUAAAUUCGUCGAAAGAAAAAGAUUUGAAUGAACAUAUAUGGGCAGAGGACCUAUCAGAACUUUCAGCUCAUUCUGAAGAUGAUGGAACGAGCAGUGGAAAUACGAGCGAACAGAAUCAGAAUGAACAGGAGCUACGCCCUCGAGAAGCACCUGCAUACAAGCGUCUAAUUUCCAUUAAUGCUCGAAAGCCUAAGGGCGGGUUAAAAGAGGCACUAAAGGUUGAAUUUGAUAAUGUUAGACGAGUUAGCUUGAAAGAGCAAAAGUUUGAAAAGGUUAUUGCAACCCAUGGGACAGAUGUUGUAAGGUUUACUCAGAAGAACAUUUUGAGGAUAUAUCCUAAAGGUAUUCGGAUCGACUCCUCAAACUACAAGCCGAUGAAUGGUUGGUUGCACGGAGCUCAAAUGGUUGCACUGAACAUGCAGGGAUAUGGUAAGUCUCUUUGGUUGAUGCAUGGGAUGUUCAGAUCGAAUGGAGGGUGUGGCUAUGUCAAAAAGCCUGAUUUUCUGAUGACGAUGGGUCCAGAAAAUCAGGUAUUUGAUCCUAAAGCGAAGUUGCCAGUGAAAAAAACUUUAAAGGUUAAAGUUUAUAUGGGAGAUGGAUGGUAUUUAGACUUUAAGAGAGCACAGUUUGCUUUAUUUUCCUCACCAGAUUUUUAUACCAGAGUUGGCAUAGCAGGAGCGCCACCUGACAAGACAAUGAAGAAAACAAAGAAAAGCGAGAACAAUUGGAUGCCCAUUUGGAACGAAGAGUUUAUAUUUCCAUUAACUGUUCCAGAAUUGGCAUUGCUUCGUGUUGAAGUUCAUGACCGUAUAAUGCCUGAGAAGGAUGAUUUUGCAGGUCAAACCUGUUUGCCUGUGUCUCAAUUGAGGCCAGGUAUUCAUGCAGUCCCACUCUUUGAUCGCAAGGGAAAUAAAUUCAGUUCAAUAAGACUUCUUAUGUGCUUUGAGUUUCUGUAGAAAUUCCCAAGAUUGUUUUGACAUAUACACGGUAAUCCAUUUUUUUUAAGGUUAGGCAGUAUAUAUAGAUAGAUGAUAAUUCAGAUCAGGUACAUGCUUUUGUGGAUUCAAUUGGCAAAACUGCUAUCAGCACUUGUUCACUUGAAGAUCAAAUGGAACACAUUUUGCAAGUUUGUAACUGUUGGAAUUUCUGGACAAUGGACUCAUAGGCUUCAUUACAUGCUUGAGCCUUUAACUAGA